AUGGUAUUUGGCCCGCCACGCAUCACAAAUGAUGACUCUCAUGCCUUGCCUUCACCGGUAACAAUGAACCCCAAUCUGCUGGCCGAGUCGCCUUUACUACGAAAACGCACAUCCGACUCGCCGCAAACGCCUCCGGCCGAUGACUUCAAAACUCGCCGCCUGGAAUCGCAGACGGAUGGCUCGGCCACGGGCCCGCAAGAAUCCACCCAUGCGCAACGCGAUGGCUCGUCCGCGCCGUCCCCAGCAGGGCGCCGAUUUAUACGAGAAAACAACACUGAGAGGUCUCAGUCGAGCAGCCCGUUCCGACUUCAGAUGCCCUACAUAACUCCUGGGCAGCUCGCAUUCUCCGCCCUGCAAUUCCUUCCGGUUCCGGUCCUGGUUCUUAACAACCUCAAGACAGUAGUCUUGGCUAAUGAGGCUAUGGGAAGGUUGAUGGGCAUGUCUUCCGACUCCAACGAUGGCGACGACCUGGCGCAUAGCGUGGGAAGUCUCACCGGACAGUCCCUUUCGCAAGUGGGAAUCGACAUGUUACAAAAUGGGCGGCCUGUAUUCAUUGCUUGGGAGACCUUCCUCGACUCAAUCGCAGAGGAGAUGGGGCCUGGAGAGACCCAGCCAGCCAAUACUCAACGGCAGAGUACCGAAGGAAAUCAUCCGGAGGGCGACAUGACACCUAUUGCGGAAUCAGCCGAAGACAGCAAGUUCCCGGGCCACAGCCCACAAGCUGCUGUGGAAGUUGUCAUCUCGCGGAGAGACCCAAAUAAGCCCGUCACUGAACCAAGGUUCGUGAACAGGGCCUCGGAGCACCAAACUUUUGCAAAGAUGAUAAUCAGUGUCUGGGACAUCUCGGAACAACAGACUUACUACACCCUGACCUUUACGAACACCGAUUCCACGUCGUCUGUGGGUUCCAAGAAAAAGGCAGUAGCUCGGCCUUCCGCCCUCGAGUCUGCUGAGCGCAAGACAAUCUUAACAGCGUCCAAUCCUCCGUCAGUUGCCUCCAGCCAUGGUUCUUCCUCGUCGCCCUCUUACCGCAUCAGCCCAGGCACUGUAUCACUCUCGUCCAGCCCCUUUCCGCCCAUGGGCCCGCCAUUCCAACAAAAGUCGCUCCAGAAUGCCCCCUCGAUACUUCAAAAGACCAUGAUACUGAAAGACGCGCUUCUUGAUAACACGGAGAUGCCGAUUCUGGCCAUGUGGAGGGACGGCACAGUGGCCUUUCCCAAUGCAGCAGCCAGGAAACUCAUGGAAAAAGACGCCACCCUUGACAAGCCUUUUGACGGCCUGGAGGUGUUGAGCAACUGGACGUUGUAUACGGACGAUUUUAGCCGAAGGCUCGAGCCGAGCGAGUUCCCCAUGGGGGUCUUGCUGAGGACCCAGACACCCUUCUCUGACAUGCGGAUCGGAGUCAUUGACCAGGACGGAAACAAGAUCAGGUACAACGUGUUGGCAGAAGCCAUCCGCGACGACGAGACCGGUGAAUUCCUGGCGGGUGUGAUAUCUUGCCGGGACAUCACGGAGAUGGCCAAGGAGAUCGACCAGAUCAAGGCAAGGGACGUCGAAAGAUUUAAGAUCAUCUGCGACACUAUGCCGCAAUUGGUCUGGACCACUACUCCGGAUGGCUAUCACGACUUCUUCAACACCCGAUGGUAUGACUACACGGGGCUGACGCCGGAGGACUCCCUCGGCCUGGGAUGGAAAAACCCUUUUCAUCCAGACGACAUGCCCGAGACCUCGAAACGAUGGGCGCAUUCCCUCGCAACGGGAGAUCCGUAUGACACAGAGUACCGCUGUCUAAGCAAAGAGGGUGAAUGGCGUUGGCACUUGGGAAGGGCUCUACCUCUCAGGAAUCUCGAGACUGGCAAAAUCGAGAAAUGGUUUGGAACUUGUACCGACGUCCACGAGAGCAUAGAAACCAAGCUCGCUGCGAGAAGGAUGAGACAGCAACUCCUCAGCGUCAUCACGCAUGCCAACAUCACCAUCUUCACCGUGGACCUCGAUCGCAAGAUAACCAUGUUGGAAGGGGCCCUCAUCUGGAAUGCCGAUACUUCGAGACAGGACGACUCCGAAUGGUACAUCGGAGGCAACGUUGACGAAGUGUUCAACUCCUUGAACCCAGAACUACCCGAGGGGGAACGCCCCGAUUUCCUGUCAGCCAUAGACUCGAUCUUCACCCGGCGGUCCGGAGACGUGGUAGUGGAGCACGCGAUAGACGCACGAUUUUACCGGACUCGUCUCUUGCCCAUGACUGGUAAGAAGGUCAAGGGCGAAGGGCUCGGAGAAAGAGAAGUCGAAGGCGCCAUAGGGGUCAUCAUGGAUGUGACCGAAAUCAAAGCCAAAGAAGCGGUGUUGCAGGCUCAGGCCCAGGAAAAGCAGCAGUUGCUGGCGCGUGAGGCUGCAGCAAAGGAGGCCAGCAGACUGAAGAGUCAAUUCCUCGCGAAUAUGUCCCACGAGAUUCGAACCCCCAUCACCGGAGUGAUUGGUAUGGCCGAGCUGCUCCUGGAUGUCGAGCUCAACGAGGAGCAACGAGACUACGCUGAAAACAUAUACCGGUCUGCCAAUGCCCUUCUGACUGUCAUCAACGAUAUAUUGGACUUCUCGAAGAUGUUGAGCUUCGCUGCCCAGAAGAGGAGCCUGGAGUUUAUUUCAGACAUUUCACCGGAAGUGGCUGAUGAUCUCGUUGUCCUCGGUGAUCCAGGGCGUGUGAGACAAAUCAUCACGAAUCUCCUGACCAACAGCAUCAAAUUCACGCAUCAAGGGUUCGUCAAACUGUCUGUUGCCAAGGAGAGGGAGACAGACGAAAUCAUCGAGAUUCGGUUCAUGGUCCAAGACACUGGCAUCGGCAUUGACGAAGGGACUCGCAAGCGCCUGUUCCAGCCAUUCAGCCAAGGGGACGCAUCCACUGCGAGGAAGUUUGGUGGGACCGGGCUGGGCUUGACGAUCUGCAAAAGUCUCCUCGAACUCAUGCAUGGAAGAAUGCAGCUCGACUCGGUCAUCAACCAGGGCACAACCGCGUACUUCUGGGUGCCGUUCAACAAACCACAGGAGACCCAGCCAUCGAACGUGGUCAAGGUCACGACUCUCCCCGACAGACUGCAGUCAGAGAUGAGCGUAUCCUGCAACAGCUCUGAUUUUGAUCAAAUGGGGGGGACACCGCCUCCUACCGACCUACUUGCGCCUACGGAAAGGGGAAAGUCGCCCAGGCGUAGGGGCUCACUCAAGCAGGCAGCGUCUGAGGAGGACCUGGCGGCGUCUGAGCGCUCCAAGAUACAUGUUCUUGUGGUCGAAGAUAACCCGAUCAACCAACAGAUUGCCAUCAAGACGAUCAAGAAGUUGGGCUUCAACGUCUCAGCCGCCUGGAAUGGUAAGGAGGCCUUGGAGUAUCUAGCCACUGCGCAGAAUGGCCAAGGCCGGAAGCCGGACAUUAUACUGAUGGAUGUUCAAAUGCCUGUCAUCGACGGCUACAAAGCGACUCACCUUCUGCGCCACCAUUCCCCUUAUAACGCCUUCGUUCGAGACGUGCCCAUUGUGGCCAUGACUGCCUCCGCCAUCCAAGGGGAUCAAGAAAAGUGCAAGAAAGCAGGGAUGGACGACUACCUUGCCAAGCCGGUGAAGGCAAAGAUGCUCGAGAGGAUGCUGGUGCGGUGGUCCCUGAACAAGCGGAGCGGCUCGACGCCGGCGCUGUCCUCGGACGUGUCGGUGUGCUCGGAGGGGAGCGACCACUGCACGAACGCGGGGAUACCCUCGGUCAGCGUGUCCGGCUCCGGCGGCCCAGAGGAAAUGCUGAGACUCCCCACGGGCGGCGAGGAGGCGGACCUCGACAGCAUGCGGGCCGACCUCCCGACGCCGCGGCCCAAGGCCUCCCCGCCGCCCACCAUGGCCAUCAACACGCCGUCCCCGACGGAGCCGCCCACGGAGCCGCCGUCGCCCGGCAAGCCGCAGCUGCAGAUCCGGCGGGUCGAGACGGACGAGCUGGCGCAGCAGAGCAGGGACGACAAGCUCUUCGACGCGGCCGGGGGCCCGCCGUCGGCGGUCACCCCCCACGGGCACACGCCGCUCACUGAGAAGGGGGACUCGCUCACCGAGGCGAACGUGGAGAAGUUCCAGAGGGAGGAGCUCCGGCGGAGGAUAUCGUCGGACCAGGUGUGA